GCAUCCUGGGUACAUAGCUCCAUGGUGAUGCAGUGAGCCUGUGUGGUAGGGGAAGCAAAGUAAGUAAACGGGGGAGGGUCAGCCAGGGGGUUUUAACGAGUUACAAUGUGUCUUUCAUGGUGCUGAACGGCUGCGGUUUACAAUGUGUCCAGCUCGCCGGUCGUCUUAAAGCGAAAUGAGUCAUUCUUAAGAGCGACAAAAAUCAUUCUUGCGGGGGAGAACGAGAGAGAGAGAGAGAGAAAGAGCGAGCGAGAGAGCGAGCAUGAAGAAGCCGAGCGCCCUGCUCUCUGUUGUCGGCUUGUCUGGGAAAUGGUAGCGUACUGUAUGAACCGCACUGGGAAGGAACAUGGUCGAGAGGAGCAGCAAAUUCUUGUUGAUCGUCGUGGGAUCCGUGUGUUUCAUGCUGAUUCUCUAUCAGUACGUGGCCCCCGGGGUGAUCAAUUUCGGCUCCCCGCACGGUUAUUUCACGGAGGAAGACGAGGGGGACAUCUUCCCUACUCCGGACCCUCACUACGUUAAGAAAUACUACUUCCCCGUCAGGGACCUGGAGAGGACGAUCGAUUUCCAAAUCAAGGGAGAGGACGUGAUUGUGUUUUUGCACAUCCAGAAAACAGGGGGGACUACCUUCGGGAGGCACCUGGUCCAGAAUGUCCGUCUGGAGGUCCCCUGCGACUGCAGACCGGGCCAGAAGAAAUGUACCUGCUACCGGCCGAACCGCAAGGAGACCUGGCUCUUCUCCCGGUUCUCCACCGGUUGGAGCUGCGGCUUACACGCCGACUGGACCGAGCUCACCAACUGUGUGCCGGGAGUCCUCAACAAGAAGGAGAACAAGUUGAAAAAUCAAAGGAAGUUCUACUACAUCACCCUGCUGAGGGACCCGGUGUCUCGCUACCUCAGCGAGUGGCGGCAUGUGCAGCGGGGGGCCACGUGGAAGACCUCCCUGCACAUGUGCGACGGCCGCACCCCGACCCCCGAGGAGCUGCCCUCCUGCUACGAGGGCUCCGACUGGUCCGGCUGCACCCUGCAGCAGUUCAUGGACUGUCCCUAUAACCUGGCCAACAACAGACAGGUGCGCAUGCUAGCGGAUCUGAGUCUGGUCGGCUGCUACAACAUGUCCACAGUUCCUGAGAAGAAGAGGGCCCAGCUCCUCCUGGACUCUGCCAAGAAGAACCUGCGAGACAUGGCCUUCUUCGGCCUGACAGAGUACCAGAGGAAAACUCAGUUCCUGUUUGAGCGAACCUUCAGGUUGCGCUUCAUCAGGCCCUUCAUGCAGUACAACAGCACCCGGGCUGCAGGGGUGGACCUGGACAAUGCUACGGUGCAACGUAUAGAGGAGCUGAACGAGCUGGACAUGGAGCUGUACGACUACGCCCGGGACCUGUUCCAGCAGCGCUACCAGUUCACCAGGCAGCAGGAGAGACGGCAGCAGCGCAUCAAGAACCACCUGCAGCAGAGCCACCAGGGCCUGGGCCUCGGCGUCAGCCUGUGGCCGUCCCGCAGCAGGCAGAGCUCCGUCUUGGCGCUGGAGGACGGGGACGGGGAGCGGGAGGAGAGGGAGAGGGAGGACACCGAGGAGGGCGGGAGAACGGAGGAAGCGGGCAGCAGGCUCCCCACCGAGGACUACAUGAACCAGAUCAUCAACCGCUGGUAGCAGCAGAAUGAGAGCAAAUGCACAGGCACGCGUAGACGCUGCGAGCCGCAGACACGUACACACACACUUGCAUACACACACGUACACAGAGGCGGGGGCCUGCGUCAAGAGCCAACUGACUGGCAGACGGACGUUACCGGAGAGUUGGGCCUUGCGGGUCAGAGUCCAAGCGGUUGCUAUGGAGACCUGGGCUUGUGGCCGAUUGCAUCAGCUCAUGAUUUUGAGGUUUGCCCGGUUGCUAUUAGCAUUCGCUUGCCCUUACCCCUCCUCCCGUGUUCUCCCAUCUUCCCCAUCAUCAUCACUGACUGAGCAGAGGAGAGAUAUUUUUAGGAGUUGCUGUCAAACAACUAUCUCAUCCAUCUCUGCCUCCGUCUGUCCCACCUCCCCUCCUCCUGCUGCAUUUGUCUCAUUCUCUGUGGCCUGAUACGGGAGCAUGAGAAAAUGAAAUUAAAGUCUGUGAAUUCCCGCUAAUCCUUGCAAAGGACCAGUGCACUUCCUGGAUGGAGCCCAAUUGCAAGGGAACUGGGAACGCUAUAAAAGUAUCAUAUUGGUUGAACUGAGCAAAGGAAAUGGAAAUGGCAGAGGUACAGCACGGACUAUCUGGAAAAGAGAGAGAAAGAAAGUUGGACUAAGUUGUGUAAUAAAGCUUUUUGCUUAAAAAAAAAAAAAAUCAGCUUCCAUUUCAACCAUGAACACGCUCUGUCAUUAAUAGUGACAGUCUCAUUCUCAUUUUAGGAUGAUUUCGUUUUUUUUUUUUUUUUUUUUUUUUGUGUUUUAUGCUUUUUUAAAAGCAGAAUUGUAAUAACACUGAGACCAAUAUUGCUGCCUAAAGAAAAGUGAUUCCUGUAUUUCUUUAUUUUUGUUUGUUUUGUAAAUCAAAGCUAAUGGAUUGGAUAGAUGUACAAUGGACCAUAGCCAUUACUGAAGCCUUGCAUCGUGGGUGGGAGGGAAAAAAAAAAAAGUGGCCUGUUUCUCUGUUCGAGGUUCCCAAAGCACCUGCCGCUUAACUAGUUUGUUUUUUUAAUCUUGUUUUUUGGAUGUGUUUUUUUUUUUUUUUCUUUUUCUUUUUUGUGUCUCUCAGAUGUACAGAGAAUGACAGCCAAUUAUAGAGCCGAGUCUCACAUAGGUGUGAAGAAAUCAAAGCUGGGAGAGGAGUGAAAUCUGCUGUAGGUUGGUGGCAGGAGCCAUGCUGCUUAAGCGGCGAGCGCUUUGGAAGCCUCAGCGCAGACUAAAUGCUCAAAUGGAGUUCUGCGACUGCCGGUCACCAUGGCGAUGUGAGCCCUUAAUGUGGCGGGUGGCAUUUUCACUUUCUCGUUUUUUUUUUUUUUUUUUUUUUUUUUUUUUUUUUUUUUUUUUUUGAAGCUGCAGUGAAAAGCAGCAGCCUCAAACAAGCCUCCCACCUGCAGAAAGAGCACACAGCGCCGGUGACCUGUAGGUAGUUGUUUUUAUUUUUUAAUUUUUAUUUUAUUUUAUUUUAUUUUAUUAUUUUAUUUUAUUUUUUGGUCGGUCUCACCCUUAAGGAAGGAAAGGAGGCGAGGUAGUAGUGCCUCUAUGUACUGGGAUCAUGUGUAACCCCAUGGACAUCGUAAUUAUUGCCAGGUAAUAUGUCUGCAUUAUACUACAUUAUACUACUUCUCUGACUACUUGUGUGUGUGUGUGUGUGUGUGUGUGUGUGUGUGUGUGUGUGUGUGUGUGUGUGUGUGUGUGUGUGUGUGUGUGUGUGUGGAAGUCUUACGAGCGCUUGUGUGUGUUGGUUUGUGUGUGUGUGUGUGUAAAUAGUAUGUACAGUAUGCCUUUGUAAAUAGUGUGUGUGUGCGUUUGCCUGAGAGAGAAUGCCGGAUGUGUUUGUGAGUGACUGACUGGUUCCAUGACCAAUAUCUUGCCAUUUUUAUUUUUUAUUUUAUUUUAUUUUUUUGGAAAAGGGCGGGGCAGUUUGGCAGAGAGACAGGAAGUCCCUUCUAUAGCAUCACAGCGCUGCAAGCCAGGCCUCUCCGCUGUCCUCUCCUAACCUUUUUUUUUUCUUCUCCCAUUUUUUUGUCUCCUCUCCAUGCCUUGGUUACACGGGAUGGUGGCCCUGCUAGAAUUCCCUGAAAUCCAGAUCCAUUUAAACUUUACUUCAUCCUUUCUCCGCUAAAACUCGGUGCAAAAGACAUUUACGAGGGGAAAAUCUAUGAGGAGGUCAAGGAAGGAAUGUAAGGGAUGGGAAAGAGAAACAAUAUGACUUAAUUCGGCCCGGCUGAACGCAGUCCAGGUCUGGUGCCAUCCAGAGGGCAACUGCAGGGGAACGGCUUCCUUGAUCUCAACGUAAAUGAUGCUGCCUCCUGCCAUCAACAAUAGAAUUUAAGUAAGAGGAGAGGGAAGCCAACAAUUAAGCCGCCCACCAUCCUCCUUGUUCCGUUUCAACAAAACACCCUGGUUCCACCCAUGUCUCUUUUUCAGAUCAGGGAUGAUUCAUGAGGGAAAGGAGGAGGAAGAAGCGGGGGGGAUAAUGAAAGGUAUUGGGACACAUCCAGAGUCUAUAUGCUGCUUUUUGUGUAGCCCUGAAAGUAACCCAAUAGGGAGAGGGGGGGGGAAUGAACGAUCUUUUAUUUUUCACAGUGACUGCCCCCUCAUUGUUUCCUUGAGGCGGAGACUGGAGACUGAAACCCAUAAGAGCUCGAGGCGUGUUGCCCACAACCUGUUUUACAGAAUCAGACCUCCUUUAUGUCAGGCCGGGUUUUUUUUUCGGACUCCAAGCCAGCGUCUGGUUCUGCACUCGCGGUUAAAGGCCUGAUCCAGAACUGCAGAACGGCACCACUCUCUCACACUCCGGAAAACCGCUCAGUGUUUAGUACAUUUAUUUUCAACCCAAACUCUGCUUACUUACUCGUGAUGUCGUGGAGCUGUGUGUAUCUGUGCCGCAUGAGCUAUGACCGGUAGCGUGUAAUUGGCCGCUCAUUGACCGUCCUAAUUUCCAUAAUAAACCUUCAAGCGACCAUAAGACUUGAGGCAGUUCCGGAUGGGGCCUUUAAGGGCAACUCGCACCUAGUCCUUUAAUAAAAAACACUAAUACCCAAAAAAAACAAAAUGAGUGCAGGAGAAAUGAAUCCUUUCACUGAAAUGAUUCCAGAAAUUGAUGCUCUAAAAUCCUGUUCAACCAUCAAAUGUAUCAACACUAUGUAUUUCUGAUGUCUUAACAGCAUUUCCUUUUGUGACAAUGAACCAACCCGGGCAUCGAUCGCUAACAUCAUUCUUUGUUUUUGUUUAUUUUAUUUUAUUUUAUUUUAUUUUAAAGAUGUGUUCAAGAGAGUGUGAUAGAGACUUGUAUUCGGGGUGGUGUGCAGUCUGUCUCUGGCUCCUUCUGUAUGCAUCAUUCUGGGUUUGUUUCUUAUGAUUGCAAAAAUGAAUCAUCAAGCCACCAAUUAAAAUAUUUCAUUUUUACAGA